AUUAAAAUGAUGGAAGCAACAACAUAUACUGAAAAAAUGGAAAACUUGGUUGAUAAAGAAAAGUCUAAAACACUUGUUCUUGCUGAAAAAGAACCGGAAAACGAAGUAAGUAAAGGGUCUGAAACUAACGAUGAUACUAUAAUCGUCAACACAGACGUUACUAAACAAGAUAGUAAAGAAGAAAAACCGCCCAAAGUCUUCUUACACCAGUAUCCUCGUUUAAAAUGUAUGCCAACUUUAUCACCAUUUUGUUUGAAGCUUGAAACGUUUCUUCGUAUGUACAAAGUUCCCUACGAAAACCACUUCAGCUACAAAGUUGGAAAAAAAGGCAAAGUUCCGUGGAUUGAAUACGGUGAUGAAAAGAAAGCGGAUUCAAAUUUCAUUAUUGAAUUUCUUAACCAAACUCUUGAGUUAAAAGUUGACGCAAAUUUAUCGGAUUUUCAAAAGGCAUUAGGAAGAACAGUGAAAGUAACUCUCGAAGAAAACUUCUAUUGGACGGUAAUAUACGAUCAUUAUGUUGCAAAUUUUGCCGAGUUUCGUAAUCUAUGUGCCCCUUCUGGUUUAGUUUAUUCAAUUACAAUGAAAAUGAAUCAACAUAAAAGAGAAAACUCCCUCGAUAUUCAAGGAAUGGGCAGGCAUUCAAAAGAAGAAAUUUACAGUAUUGGUCAGGAAGAUAUAAAAGCGGUAUCUGUUUUGUUAGGAGAGAAACCUUUUCUUCUAGGUGAAACUCCGUCUUCAUACGACUGUACAGUUUUUGGAUUUAUUGGAAUUGUUUUGCUCUCUGGUUUAGAUUCUCCGUUUGUUAAAUAUAUUCAUGAAAAUGCAACCAAUUUGAUUAAGUAUUGCGAGAAAAUGAAAACUAGUUAUUGGCCUGAUUGGAACGAAAACUGUUUGGUAGACAAGCCUGAUACUAAGAAAACUUUUAGUAUUCGGAAAAAGAACGGUAAAUCUAAAGAUGAAGAGCUUGAAGAAGGUAACGAAACAACUCAGAUGUCAAAAAGUGAUAACGAAAAUUCUCAAGUGCCAGUAUCCGUUUUAAAAGAAAGCAAUAACGCUGAAAAUAAUCCAAUGAAAGCUUAGUAGCUAUUCAUUAAAAUUUCGAUGAAUUUUUAAAAGUUUAAUUUUUUCCCCCAGAUUCUUAUUUUUUGGAGAAUUUCUUUUAUAAAUAAUUAAAUAAUAUUCUACUUUUGUUAAUAUGUUCUUUAGAUCAAAUUAGUAUUUUAAAUAAAUUUUGAAAACUUUAA